ACAGGCAGAGCACCGAGGACCCGGCGGCGCGCGCUCACAGACUCCCCAAACAAAGAGAAGCACGCGAGGCAGCACAGCAUCCCACCCUUUCAGCCGCGAGCUCACUUGCAGAACCGCAUCCCCCCUUUUCUUCUCUCAUCCCUCUUAAGGCAGAACCGGUCCGGUCCGAAAGCUCAAGCGCACAGGCGUGACAAUGACAACUAACGGCGCAACUAACGGAACCAGCGACAUGCUGCAGAUCCAGUUCGGUCUCAUCAACUGCGGGAACAAAUACUUAACGGCGGAGACCUUCGGCUUCAAAAUCAACGCGUCCGCCACGACCAUGAAGAAGAAGCAGAUCUGGACCCUGGAGCAGAGCGGUGACGACUCCAGCGGGAAUGUGUUCUUCCUCAAAUCACAUCUGGGCCGGUACAUCGCCGCCGACAAGGACGGGAACGUCACAGGAGACAGCGAGACCCCGGCUCCGGAGUGCCGGUUCAUCAUCACGGCUCAUGAUGACGGCCGCUGGUCCCUGCAGUCCGAGCAACACGGGCGCUACCUGGGCGGCACCGAGGACCGGAUCAUCUGCUUCGCCCAAACCGCUUCUGUGGCGGAGAAAUGGAGCGUGCAUAUCGCCAUGCACCCGCAGGUGAACAUCUUCAGCGUGACGCGCAAGCGGUACGCGCACCUGAGCGACAAGGUGGAUGAGAUCGCCAUCGACCGGGAUGUCCCGUGGGGGGUGGACUCCAUGAUCACGCUGGUAUUCCGAGAUCAGCGGUACCACCUUCAGACGUCCGACAACCGCUUCCUGAGGAACGACGGCGCGCUGGUCGCCACCACGGACAAGAGCACUGGCUACACGCUGGAGUUCCGCUCCGGCAAGGUGGCCUUCAGGGACUGUAGCGGCAGGUACCUCGCGCCCUCCGGGCCCUCCGGUACCAUGAAGUCCGGCAAGAGCGCGCGUGUGGGCAAGGACGAGAUGUUCGUGCUGGAGCAGAGCCACCCGCAGGUUGUGCUCACCGCAGCCAACGAGAGGAACGUCUCCACCCGGCAAGGUAUGGACCUAUCAGCCAAUCAGGAUGAAGAAAGUGAUCAGGAAGUAUUCCAGAUGGAGAUUUGCCGUGAAAACAGGAAGUGUGCGUUCCGGACUGCUGCUGGGAAAUACUGGACCCUCACUGCUAACGGCGGCCUGCAGUGCACAGCCUCCACUAAGUCAGCUAAUUGCUACUUUGACAUUGAGUGGCGUGGGAAGAGGCUGACGCUUCAGGCCGCUAAUGGGAAAUAUGUCGCCGCCAAGAAAAACGGCCAGUUAGCAGCCACCAUCGACACUGCAGGCGAGUCUGAGGAGUUCAUCAUGAAGCUGAUCAACCGCCCGAUCAUCGUGCUGCGCGGGGAGCACGGCUUCAUCGGCUGCAGGAAGGUGACGGGGACGCUGGACUCCAACCGCUCCUCUUAUGACUACUUUACUCUGGAGUUCAGAGAUGGAGCAUACAGCCUGCAAGACUCCACAGGUAAAUACUGGAUGGUGGGGAACGAGCAGUCAGUGGUGAGCAGCAGCGACACCCCCGUCGACUUCCUCUUCGAGUUCUGCGAUUACAACAAGCUGGCAAUCCGCCAUGCCACCGACGGGAAGUACCUGCGCGGCGACCACGCCGGCGUGCUGAAGGCCAACGCAGAUGACCUGGAGACCGCCACGCUGUGGGAGUACUGAGGGAAGCGGAGAGAAACCAACGGGGAUGCAGCCGCCUGCCGCUGUGAUGCUGGGAGAGUGCGGCGGCAUGGCACGGUAGCACUACCCGUC